AUGUCAGAUCUACAAGAGAAACAAGUGAUCGAUUGGAUCUUUCAAUUGACCAAGACAAAGGUAUCACAUCCGAUUUGUGAACCUCUAAAGACAGGUCUUGUAUUAUGCAAACUAUUGAAUACAGUAAAGCCAAAUACAGUUAGGAAGACCAAUCCAAAUCUAUCGCAAUAUGCUCAACGAGAGAACUUGACUAGCUUUGUCAAGGGUUGCGAGAGCUUAAACUUCAACCAUGACGAACUGCUACGACUGCCCGACCUUGUUUCCGAAGACAAGGAGGCCGUAGUCGUCAGGAUAUUGUUCGCAUUGAUGAAGCAUUGCGAGAAGAUGAAUGGAGGCUCUCCGCCACAGGCGAAUGGCGCCAACACACUCAGUAGCAGCGGCAAUAACUUUACACCUUCGAACAAGGUUUCGCGGAACCUUCCACCGGCGCCAGCGCCCUCAAUGUCGACAUCGCCGCCUCCGCCACCUUUGCACCAGACGGGUGGCAGCAACAUCCCUGCGCCGCCACCCUUGAUGCCGCUGAGCCAGCUCAAGACAACAAAGUCGAGAAUAUUCAAACAGCCGGCGUCCAACGCCAUCCAGACAAUGCUGCAGACGUCCGAACCCGGUCAAUCCACGUCGCCGCCUACCUCCACACAACCACAGACCCUGUCGCCACGCACCAAGGAGAACAACAAUGCCCAGGCCGACUUGGGCGUAUCCAAGCCGCCACUGCCUCCCCGAACAGCCACCAAAGUAUCAUUUAGCGACCCGGACAACAUGGCCUCGUCGCCGCCCACAUCAUCAUUGAACAGCAGCUUCAACCAGGAGUACAACAUGGUCGACGAUGACUCGCCCAACGAGCUGAGCAACAGCGGCUACUGCAAGACUCAGAAGGAUCGCCACUCGCCGCCCCUCCAGCCACCAUCGGGCAACAGCCUGGACCGUUCACAAUCGUUCCCUGGGGGAAAUGACUCGUCAUUCUCCGACUCGAUCAAGAAGCCCCGCUCGAGCACCAAGCAGCGCAUCGAGAAGUUCUUUAGCAAGACAUCGUCCACAAUCACAAAGAGCUCGGGACGUCUGCCCACGUCGACGGGUUCGUCGCCGGGCCAGCCAUCCAGCCCUUCAUACCUGGCAAACUCGCGCGGCACAUCCAAAAGGACACCGCGCGAGAUCGAGAUCGAGGUGGAGAACGACCACUACUUCAAUGGCCAGACCGCUGUGUCUGGCGGCGGCUACAACGACGCGCCAUACGAGAUGGACAUUGGCAUUGAGGACAUGACACUGAGCAACAACAGUGCGCCCGACAUUGCACCCGACGAGCUGUCCAAACUCAUCAGCCAGAUGGAGUCGCUGUACAAAGAUCGCAAGAUACUCAAGGAGCGAAUCAACUUCACGUACCCCGAGAAGUACCGAUCGCUGCUGUCCUACGACACGCUGCUGCAGCAGGAGAAGUCUCCGACCUUUGCCAAUCCGGCAUUCAUGGCGCUGGCGCCCAAGGCACAAGCCGAGGUUUGUCGUCGCGAGGAGCGCCGUUUGCUGUCCGAGAUCUUCACGCUCAAGAACGUGCUCAACAUUGUCGAAGAGAACAAGGCGCUGCAGAUACGCACGGAAGAGAUGCAAAAAAUGGUCGACACACUGAUCGUCGAGAAGAAGGCGUUGAACGCGCGCUACAACGAGAUCCUGGCGUCCAAGGCCAAGUCGGAGGCGGACCGCGUCGAGGAGGAGGGCAUCAUCAUCACCGAGGUGGAUGGCAAGCGCGAGAACAUCAAGGGUGGCACGACGGACAAGCUGAUCGAGCGUCUCUACAACAAGAACAUCAUUGGCUCAGUGUCGGGCUACGUCGACAUCUUCCUGCUGACAUAUCGCUCAUUCACCACGUCCAAGUACGUGCUGGAGAAGCUGACCAAGACGUACAAUGACAACACGACAGAGAUUGUCGGACAGGACCCCGAGAAGCAGUUCCUCGUCGAACAGGAGAACCUUGGCAAGAAGAAGAUCCGUCUGAGAAUCUGUAACUUCCUGAAGCGAUGGGUCGAUGUCUUCUUCCACGACUUUGAUGCCGAGUUGCUCCAUGAAUACGAAGUGUUCAUCACCAAAUGUAAAGACGAGGCCUUGAACAAGUUGUUGAAGGCAACAUUGAACAAGCAGUUGACAGGAGCAGGAAUGACAAAGACAGCAACGUUUGGAGUACCACCUCCACCACCUUUAUUACCGAGAAUACCUAUUGUAUCAUUGAUUGAUGAUGUGGACCCACAGGAGAUAGCGAGACAGCUGACGAUCAUCGAGUUUGACAUGUUCAAACAGAUUGCCAGCAAGGAGUUGCUGUCGCUGUCGUGGCAAAAGAGCGACAAGGAGACGAGGUCGCCCAACCUGCUCAAGAUGAUCUACCGCUUCAACGAGGUGAGCAACUGGGUGGUCACGACCAUCGUCAAGGAGAACAACCUGAAGAAGCGUGGACAGAACCUCAAGAAGUUUGUCAAGCUGACGGAGGAGCUGCGCAAGCUGAACAACUUCAACUGCGUCUUUGUCAUCGUGUCCGCCCUACACUCGGCCUCUGUAAAUAGACUCCAGAAGACGUGGAGCGAGAUCUCCAAGCAGCAGCAGAAGCAGUUUGAGGAGUUUGUCACGUUGACUUCGCCCAAUCUGUCGUUCGCCGCGUAUCGCGAGCAGCUGCACAACUCGAACCCGCCUUGCAUCCCCUACCUUGGCGUGCAUCUCUCCGACCUAACCUUCAUCGAAGAAGGCAAUCCAGACAAGCUGGAAAAUGGCUUUGUCAACUUCUUCAAAUGCAGGAUGGUAGCAGAGGUCAUCAAAGAAAUACAACAAUAUCAACAGUCUCCUUACAAUUUACAAGUUGUUCCAGAGGUGGCUGCAGGACUACAAGGUCAUAAGAUAGUGUCUGAGGGCGAUUGCUUCAAGCUGUCUUUGACCGCAGAGCCAAGAGAAUCGAUAUCAUAUUAG